AUGCAUUAUUAUCGUGUUUUUAGCAUCUGUCUUUUUAUCCUCUUGGGGCUUGCUGCAGACGCCGCUUUUCACCGCAGGCAAGAUGCUCCCACUACAUCAAGCUUACAAAAUGCGCAACCCGCAACGCAGACAGCCGGUUCUAUUACAUCAACAGCAGGUCCUUCUAAUACAGAUCUGCCGAAUGUCUCUAUGACGGCCACCACGACUAUGUUAGAUAUCCAUACUGAUAUAUCAAAUCCUCAACCAACAUUGCCGCCUAUGCCGCCGAAUAUAAUCAAUGGGACCUUAGACGUGAAUGCACUGCCUAUUCAGCCUACAAUCACUCCCUCAAUAGGCAUCACCGGAGUGGUAUUGAUGAUAACAGGCCUGGCAUAUAAUAUCGUUGGUAUCAAGAACCAGUGGCUUCACAUCUUUUUAUCCGCUGCUUUCCUUUCGAGUCUAUCGGUUACUGUCUUGAUAGAAUAUGUCAUGAAUCCCCCGGUUUCGAAUGCUAUACAAGGAGCAUACUUCAUUGCCGCUUUUCUAACUGGACUUACAUUCGGCGCAUUGUCUCUAAUCUUCAAAGAAUUGACCGAGGGAUUGGGUUGUUUAUUAGGCGGGUUCUGCAUUAGCAUGUGGCUCCUUUCGCUGAAACAAGGCGGGCUUUUGGCCGGCUCAGAAGUCCGGGGUGCCUUUAUCGGGGUUUUCUGUGUUGCAUUUUAUGCUCUAUCAUUCAGUUCUUAUACCAGGCCCUAUGGACUGAUUGUCUCGACGGCAUUUGCUGGUAGCACAAUAACCGUACUGGGAAUCGACUGCUUCAGUCGAGCGGGGUGGAAGGAAUUUUGGCUGUAUAUUUGGGGGUUGAAUGAUAAUCUUUUCCCGUUCGGUACAUGGACUUACCCCGUCACUAGAGGUAUUCGCGUUGAAUUAGCUGUGACUGUUGUUUUCUGUUUGCUAGGGUUACUAUCGCAGUUCAAGCUCUGGAAGCUAACUAGAGAGAGACGAGAGAAACAAGAAAAGGUUUUGGCGGAAGAACAAAGAAAGAAAGACGCAGUCGAAGUUGAGUUGGGGCAAGCAAUCGAAGAGAAGAAAGAAAAUGACUUGGUCCGUUGGGAAGCAAUAUAUGGCGAUAAGGGCGAUCCUACAACCUCUCAAACACCUCGCUCGGAGGCUCAGACCCAACCACCCCCAGUAGAAUUGGUAGAAGCUCCUGAUAACUCGGUUGAAAUGGUUGAUCUCCCUGCUACGCCUCAUGACACGUCAAACGACCAAGAUAUUGUCGAAGACGAAAAUCAGACAAAUGAUGGUCAUUGUGUGGAAAAGGAGGAUCACGCUGACGAAGAUCGAAUUGAAGAGCCACAUAAUCUGGAAGAAGAGGGUGUCACUUUAAAUAAACCCAAGCCGAUCAACAACAAUGAACCGGUCCUAUCAGCGCCACCACCUCCGCCUGUGACACCUCUUCCUUUCCGAGUCCCAAAUGCUGGAAGUAUACCAGUUACUGGCGAUGGCAACGGGCAUUCUAUUCAAGUUAUCAUUGAUGAUAUUGACACAGUUUCCGUCGUCACAUCCAAAAGACUAUCAGCAGUGUCUCUACUCAGACGCCUAUCACAUAGAAAGAGCCCAACCAAGAGAAGGAGUCACCUACAAUCAGAGUCGGAUGAGAUGCUUGUUCCUGUUCCUCCGGCCAGCUCGACAUACGCAGUUAAAGGAAUUGAAGAUAGUGAGACUGGCUCGAAUCUUGGAGAUGCUCAAAGCAUAGAAAUUGACGACCUCGAUUUGCCUGACGCGAACCCAUCUGACAAUGAGAGUAAUGACAUGACAUUGCAAGAGGUUGGAUGUUCUACUAAAACAACUGUCAUAAGCUCAUUGCUGCCCGAUGUUGAGGAAGCCGCGGAUGUAGGGGACGCCAAAUCUAGUGCGGGCCGACUCGAAAAUCAAACGGAAAUUGUUCCAUCGAUAAAAGGCCAGAUAUCAACUAAGGAUGGGCAAGAAGAUGCCGGCUUAGGUAUAUUGGCUGAAAAACGCCGUUAUACUGUUGACGGCACCACAUGUGCCCUUUCAAUCGUCAAAGCUCCUUAUUUGGUCCAGAUGGCAGAUUCUACUUCAAGAGCUACGCAUAGCACAAGAAAUGAAGCGAAAGCCGAAAAGUCCAUUGCUCCGUUGUCAAUUCCGAAAUCAAAAUCUAGCUCUGGUAAGAAGGAGGAUCUUACACCUGAUAUUGUCAAGAGAAUCCCCAGUCAUUUUUCUCCGAUUAUCAUGUCAUAUCGGACUAAUGAAUGGGCGAAACAUCUGUCUCAUGCAGACGUCCCUGAACCCGAGCCACUUGAGAAUAUCGUAGACACGGCGCGUCCGAUAUCGCUUGACAUUAUAGAAGUGGCCGCCCCGUUGAACGUGGAGGAACUGGAACAAACAGCGCUGACUGCAUCACCGCCACCUGUGAUUGAAAAGCGAGCGUUGCAUUUUCCGGAGAAAGUCGUAUAUAACACUGUUCAGCUAUCAACGUCAAGCAUCUCCGGACAGUCGGCUCGUGAUGCCAGUCCAAGGCAAUCAGUUUACGAGCAGCCAGUGAAUGUAAAGACACUGCCAACUACAUUCCCUCGGGAAGCGGUGACCUCAGAAUCGGCCCUUACUCUCCCUGUUGCUAGUCACUCAACUCCUUCGAGGAAGAUACCAAAUGGCCUGCGUAGUGUCUCUAGUCCAUUACUGAGCACAACAGCGGCAGCGCAGGCUAUGCCACAAAAUCCAGCUCGAAACUCUAUUCAUAGCCAAGGCACUGCAGAAGAAUCAUACUCUUUGAUGGCCCAACGGGAGAGGCUGAUUCAGGCACGCCUUUCGUCGGCAUCAUUGAUGCAAGACACCUGGACCCCAAGAAAUAAAUCGAGACUGUCACUUGAAGAAGGAUACCGACCACGUCCGGAAAGUCAAUUGAGCAUGGUUGAAGAGGACGAUAUGCCUUUAGCACGGCGACGCGCCAUAUUGCAGCAAAGAGCCAUAUCACCUAUACUGGCUAUGGAUACAGGCGCACGAAAAUCACCAGUCGAUAGGCCUCCAUUGAUUGGUGCUCGGUUGUCACGAGAAUCGCGAGAAUCCAGUAAACCCAAAGUAGUUACUAUGGCUGCAUGGCACGAAUCACUUCAAGAAGACUUGUCCAAGCACAAGCCGUUAUUGGACGUCGAUCACGCUCAAAAUGAAUUGAUGGAACAACAACGAAAAGGGCAAAUGGCAAGACACCGACGUCUACAAGUAUCUGAGAAUCUGCAUAAUUCGAUCGCUGAGCGGAUGCGCCGGGGCGAUAUGCAGGAUCUUCACCGUGAGGCAAUGCGACGCAUGCAAGCGGCUGCUAAUCGGAAAGUGGUGAACAGUUCGUAA